ACAAUGAACCGGCAUGAGCAUCAGGAAUGCAGUUAAUUGAUGCCGCUCUCUCACACUAAGACACUCUCCUCUCUCCCCUUUCGCUUCCAACGGUCCAACUUUGACUACCCUCCAUUUCCAUUUCCCCCCUCCCCUCCCACCAUGCCUUCUUCCACAUUCUCUAAACCCUAACACAACUCUCCUUUCCAAAACUCUCUUCUUCUUCUUCUUCUUCUUCUGCUUCUUCUUCUUCUCCUGUUGAUCGCUUCCUCUUCUCUUCUCUUUUCUUUUUGCUGUUUUCGUUGAACGAUCGCAAUUUCGCAAUGAACGUUACGAUCGAUUCGGCGCUCCUCGAUUUCCUUGUUCCCUCUCUUUGGGAGAUCAAAGUCUCCGUCGCCGCCUCAUUCGUCGUCAUACUGGCAUACUCCUUCUUCACUUUCCGUACCGGCGACUCCGACGACGCCGCCGACCGAACACUCUCGGACAACCCCGUAACCGACGCUGCCUACGACAAAGACAAGAUCAUAUUGAAAGGAGAUUCUCAAGGUGGUUCGGCCUACCUGAUCAAGUUAGAACUAUUGGCUGCUAAGAAUCUAAUUGGAGCAAACUUAAAUGGAACAUCAGAUCCUUACGUUAUCAUCACGUGCGGGAAUGAAAAGCGAUUCAGUUCCAUGGUCCCUGGUUCAAGAAAUCCAAUGUGGGGCGAGGAGUUCAAUUUUUCUGUUGAUGAACUUCCUGUUCAGAUCAAUGUCACAAUAUAUGAUUGGGAUAUAAUUUGGAAAAGUGCAGUUCUUGGUUCAGUGACUGUUCCAGUUGAAAGAGAAGGUCAAACUGGUGCCGUAUGGUACUCUUUGGAUAGCACAUCAGGGCAGGUUUGUCUUCAUAUAAAGACAAUAAAACUAUCUGCAAACUCUACUAGGAUAAAUGGUUUUGGCGGACCCAGCACUCGAAGAAGGAUGCCUGUGGAAAAAGAGGGCCCUACUGUUGUUCAUCAAAAGCCAGGACCUCUUCAAACAAUAUUCGAUCUUCUUCCAGAUGAGGUUCUUGAUCAUAGUUAUUCUUGUGCACUUGAGAGGUCAUUCUUGUAUCAUGGACGUAUGUAUGUUUCUGCAUGGCACAUUUGUUUCCAUUCCAAUGUGUUCUCGAAGCAAAUAAAGGUGGUUAUUCCAUUUGAGGACAUAGAUGAGAUUCGAAGGAGUCAACAUGCAUUUAUAAAUCCUGCUAUAACAAUUAUUCUCCGCAUGGGUGCUGGUGGACAUGGUGUUCCUCCUUUGGGAAGUCCUGAUGGUAGAGUCAGGUAUAAGUUUGCCUCAUUUUGGAACAGAAAUCAUGCAUUUAGAAAUCUACAACGUGCAGCAAAUAAUUUCCAUGAAAUGUUGGAAGCUGAGAAGAAGGAAAAUGCAGAGUCUGAGCUGCGAGCACAUAGCAGUUCUGUCAGAGGAAAUAAGAUACUUGAUAAAGUUCCGGAAGAAAGCAUGCCGAAAACUGGAAAACUUCAAGCUUUUACCAAAGAAGAGGCUUUAGUUGGUAUAUAUAAUGGUGUUUUUCCUUGCACAGCUGAGCAGUUUUUUAACUUACUAUUAAAUGAUGGAUCACAAUUUAUUAGCAAGUAUCGUGCAGUACGAAAGGAUACUAAUCUCGUGAUGGGACAGUGGCAUACAGCAGAAGAAUAUGAUGGUCAAGUUCGAGAAAUAACCUUCAGAUCCCUCUGUAACAGCCCUAUGUGCCCACCAGAUACAGCAAUGACAGAAUGGCAACAUCAUGUUUUAUCACCAGACAAGAAAAAACUGGUGUUUGAGACUGUACAGCAGGCUCAUGAUGUUCCUUUUGGGUCGUAUUUUGAGGUACACUGUAAAUGGUUUCUCGAGACAACAAAUGAAAGAUCAUGUACCUUGGACAUAAAAGUGGGUGCACAUUUUAAGAAAUGGUGUGUGAUGCAAUCGAAAAUAAAGUCAGGGGCAGUCAAUGAGUACAAGAAAGAAGUUGAAGUGAUGUUGGAGGUUGCUCGUUCGUACAUAAAGCCGCAUACUACUGAUGAUGAGACUGAUAUGGCAUCCUUGCCUCCUGCGGUGGCACUGGAAAACUAAGAUUUCCAGCGACAUCAGAUUAGGAUUUUAUUUAUUUGUGUAAUAAUAUUGUAAAGACUUUUUGUUAGUCAUUCUUUUAAUACGCAGAUCUAAUAUAAUAUGUAGAGGUAACGUCUUGGUAACUUUCAGCUUGUUCUUACACGGGAUUCUAGUAUUAAAUCUUUGUUCUUUAACACCCA